AUGGCCAGCGCCGAGAACAGGGAGAAUCCGUACCUUGCCCACGUAAAAACUGUGCCUCCCAAGGCCGAGGGAUACGAAGACCCCUUUGAUGGCUGCAUCCCACGCAAGGUCAAAGCUGACAAGGCAAAGGAGAUCCUGAAUGGACAAUACAAUCCUUUUACGAGGCAACUAUAUUCUGAAAAAUACAAAAAAAUUCUCGAGGGACGCAAAAAGCUGCCGGUGUUUGCACAGAUGGAGGAAUUCUACAAGAUCUUCAAUGAAAACCAGAUUGUCGUUAUGAUUGGUGAAACAGGUUCCGGAAAGACAACACAAAUACCCCAAUUUGUUGCAUACACGGAUAUUCCUCACGCUCGUGGCAAGCUUAUCGCAUGUACACAGCCUCGUCGAGUCGCUGCCAUGUCAGUUGCGAAGCGUGUGGCUGAGGAAAUGGAUGUUUCGCUCGGGAAACAAGUGGGUUAUUCGAUUCGAUUCGAGGAUAUGACCGAGCCAGGCACCACAUUCUUGAAAUACAUGACCGAUGGAAUGUUACUUCGUGAAGCAAUGACCGACCACGACCUUUCAAGGUAUAGCACGAUUAUUCUCGAUGAGGCCCAUGAACGCACUCUUGCUACAGAUAUUCUCAUGGGCCUCCUUAAGGAAGUUGCCAGACGCCGAAAAGACCUCAAAAUUGUGGUCAUGUCUGCCACCCUCGAUGCGCUCAAAUUCCAGAAAUACUUCUCAACUGGUGGAGAAGGCACCAUUGCUCCACUACUCAAAGUUCCUGGACGAACCUUCCCAGUCGAGACUUUCUAUACACAGGAGCCUGAGCCUGACUACGUGGAAGCCGCUAUCAGGACGGUGCUCAUGAUUCAUCAAGCAGAGGACGAGGGCGAUAUUUUGGUGUUUUUGACUGGUGAAGAAGAAAUUGAGGAUGCUUGCCGAAAAAUCAAGAUUGAGGCAGAAGGUCUGAGUUCUGGUGGUAAAGAUGGACCCGGACCGCUUCUUGUCGUCCCGCUCUAUUCAUCUCUACCUCCCGCCCAGCAACAGCGUAUCUUCGAUGCCGCACCGCCAGGCGGCCGCAAAGUUGUUGUUUCGACAAACAUUGCCGAAACUAGUUUGACCAUUGAUGGUAUUGUGUAUGUCGUCGAUCCUGGGUUCUCGAAGCAAAAAGUCUACAACCCUAGGAUUCGAGUCGAGUCCUUGCUUGUCUCUCCGAUCUCAAAAGCUAGUGCACAACAACGUGCUGGACGAGCAGGGCGAACACGGCCAGGCAAAUGCUUCCGUUUGUACACUGAAAAGGAUUACAUCAAAGAACUCGAAGAACAAACGUAUCCAGAAAUUCUGCGCUCUAAUCUGGCAAACACUGUCCUUGAACUGGUCAAGCUUGGGAUCACAGACCUUGUACAUUUCGACUACAUGGACGCACCGGCACCUGAAACAAUCAUGCGUGCGCUCGAGCUAUUGAACUACCUCUCAGCCCUGAACGAUGAAGGCGAAUUAACCCCUCUUGGUGGUAUUAUGGCCGAGUUCCCCCUGGACCCCCAGUUGGCUAAGAUGUUGAUCGUUAGCCCCGAAUUCAAAUGCAGUAAUGAAAUCCUGACCAUUGUUGCUAUGCUUUCGGUACCUAACGUAUGGCUCCGACCCAACAAUCAGCGCAAAGAAGCCGACGCAGCAAAGAGCCUUCUCACCGUUCCGGACGGUGACCACUUGACUCUCUUGAACGUCUAUAACAAUUACUACAACAACAAGGACGACAAGAACUGGUGCUGGAAUAACUACCUCUCCCAGCGUGCGCUCCAACAAGCCGAAAAUGUGCGCAAUCAGCUCGAACGAUCGAUGGAGCGCUUCGAUUUAGACUUGGUCUCGAUUCAAGACGAGCGGAAAAGGUCUCUUGGCGUUCGUCAAGCCUUGGUCUGUGGGUUCUUUAUGCAAGUUGCGCACAAGGGCGAUAAGAACACCUAUACCACCGUCAAGGACCACCAGGUGGUUGGACUUCAUCCUUCGUGUGGUUUGGAUAGCACACCUGAAUGGGUGCUUUUCAACGAAUUCGUAUUGACCACACGACCCUUCAUCCGAACCGUGGUUGAGAUUCGACCCGAAUGGUUAUUGGAACAUGCAGGAAUGUACUAUGAUUUGAACACGUUCCCAGAUAGCGAAGCCAAAAGAUCUUUGCAACGGAUUAUCAAAAAGAAGUGGGCAAAUCAGACAACGGAGAGCGCUCUCGAAAGCGAGAGGGCGAUGACGCAAGUCUAA